GGCGAGCGUGGCUUCCCCGGCGAGCGCGGCUCCCCCGGCGCCCAAGGCCUGCAGGGACCCCGCGGGCUCCCCGGCACCCCCGGCACCGACGGGCCCAAGGGUGCCACCGGCCCCGCUGGCCCCGCUGGCGCGCAAGGACCCCCCGGGCUGCAGGGGAUGCCCGGGGAGAGAGGAGCGGCUGGAAUCGCCGGGCCCAAGGGAGACAGGGGAGACGUCGGUGAGAAGGGCCCCGAGGGAGCCCCCGGCAAGGACGGCGCCCGCGGUCUGACGGGUCCCAUCGGCCCCCCCGGCCCUGCCGGCCCCAACGGCGAGAAGGGUGAAUCCGGCCCCCCUGGCCCAUCUGGCGCUGCCGGUGCCCGCGGUGCCCCCGGCGAGCCUGGCAAACAAGGAGCCCCCGGCUCCGCUGGUGACCGUGGCCCCCCCGGCCCUGUGGGUCCCCCCGGCCUGACGGGUCCUGCUGGAGAGCCCGGCCGCGAGGGCAGCCCCGGCUCCGACGGACCCCCGGGAAGAGACGGCGCUGCCGGAGUGAAGGGUGACCGAGGCGAGACGGGGCCCGUGGGUGCCCCCGGUGCUCCCGGAGCUCCCGGCGCUCCCGGGCCCGUGGGUCCCACCGGAAAACAAGGAGACAGAGGAGAGACGGGUGCACAAGGUCCCAUGGGUCCCUCUGGCCCUGCUGGCGCUCGGGGGAUGCCGGGUCCCCAAGGGCCUCGUGGUGACAAGGGCGAGACGGGAGAGGCUGGAGAGAGAGGCCUGAAGGGUCACCGUGGCUUCACCGGGCUGCAGGGUCUGCCUGGCCCCCCUGGUCCUUCUGGAGACCAAGGGGCUGCCGGUCCUGCGGGUCCCUCUGGUCCCAGGGGUCCCCCCGGCCCAGUGGGCCCCUCUGGCAAGGACGGCUCCAACGGCAUGCCCGGCCCCAUCGGCCCCCCCGGCCCCCGCGGGCGCAGCGGUGAGCCCGGCCCUGCGGGUCCUCCUGGAAACCCCGGCCCCCCCGGCCCUCCCGGCCCCCCCGGCACCGGCAUCGACAUGUCGGCGUUCGCGGGGCUGGGCCAGCCCGAGAAGGGCCCCGACCC